GGAAGUUCCGGCGGGGGCGGCCGAGGGGGAAGAGUGUGUGUCUCUGCAGGAGAAAGAGGAGAAUCGCCCGAGAGGUCUCGAAACCCCCAGGGAGUAGAGGCCCCAGCCGUGGAGCCUGCAGUGUAUGUGUGGUAACACCAUGUCUGUGCCCCUGCUCACCGAUGCUGCCACUGUGUCUGGAGCUGAGCGGGAAACGGCCGCGGUUAUUUUUUUACAUGGACUCGGAGACACAGGGCACAGCUGGGCUGACGCCCUCUCCACCAUCCGGCUCCCUCACGUCAAGUACAUCUGUCCCCAUGCACCCCGGAUCCCUGUGACACUCAACAUGAAGAUGGUGAUGCCCUCCUGGUUUGACCUGAUGGGGCUGAGUCCAGAUGCCCCAGAGGACGAGGCUGGCAUCAAGAAGGCAGCACAGAACAUCAAGGCCUUGAUUGAGCACGAGAUGAAGAAUGGGAUCCCUGCCAACCGAAUCGUCCUGGGAGGCUUUUCACAGGGUGGGGCUCUGUCCCUCUACACGGCCCUUACCUGUCCCCACCCUCUGGCUGGCAUUGUGGCAUUGAGCUGUUGGCUGCCCCUGCACCGGGCCUUCCCCCAGGCAGCCAAUGGCAGUGCCAAGGACCUGGCCAUCCUUCAGUGCCACGGGGAGCUGGACCCCAUGGUUCCAGUACGGUUUGGGGCCCUGACGGCUGAGAAGCUCCGGUCCGUUGUCACACCUGCCAGGGUCCAGUUCAAGACUUACCCAGGGGUCAUGCACAGCUCCUGUCCUCAGGAGAUGGCAGCUGUGAAGGAGUUCCUUGAGAAGCUGCUGCCUCCCGUCUGACCGGAGGCGGCGGCCCCCAGCGCGGCCCCCCAGCUCUUGGGGGUCCAGCACGCGCGGCACCAUCUUGGAUCUGAGCCGGUCGAGCCCCUGUCCCCACCAUCCCUGACCUGUCCUCUUCCCAUAGGCCUCUGGGGCAGGCAGGCCGAGGCCUGGCCAGGCCUUCCUUCCUGGCCUCAGCCACCUGGCUGUCUGCAGCAGGGGGUGGGCCGCCCACCUCUCCCGUGUCCCUGGAGGCGGGCCCCCCGGCAGCAGUAUUGGAGGGGCUGUAGGCAGCGGGAGAAAGGGGCCCAGCCGCUGACCCACUCACUCAGGACCUCACUCACUAGCCCCGCUUUGGGCCCCCUCCUGUGACCUCAGGGUUUGGCCCCACCUACCACUCCACCCCCAAGUGAUUCUGCCCAGAUAAUCGUGGGUCUCUCCUUCCCUCCAGCUGCUUCUCAAUCAUGAAUGUGUCCAUGGCCCUGGGCCCCUGUGCUGCUGUGGGCUACCUGCCCCUGGGCAGGGGUGUUGGUGAGGGGGCAGAGUCCUUCAAAGGGGGCCUUCCCUUAGCCCCCCCAACGCGGGGGCUGGGCCCUGCCUCCCUCUUACCCUGCUCCCCUGCGGGCCUGGAGCCUGCAGGGCUGGACUGAGGCUCAAGGUCUCCCCCAGCUGUCCCACCCCCACAUUGUCCCCGCUCUAGGGCCAGGGGAGAGGUGGGGGAGGAGUUGUGUCUUGUCUUCUGUCUCCAUGUGGUUUUGGGUGUUUUUCUUGUUGUGUCCUCGAUUCCGAUAAAAUAAUUAAAUUGCUUCAACUCUCA